GUAACAUCAGAGCUUGAAAAAAAUAUUCUAAUAAAAAAUUAAGUCUAACUUGGUAAACAAAUAAUUAAAAAUAUAACAAUGGCUGAGGAAAAUAAUGAAAAUGAUGAUAAAUCAUUAGAAAACCAAGAUGUCAAAAAAGAAACACCUAGUAUUAUUUUUACCUAUAGCAAAAGUAAUUUUAUAUCUGGUCCAGAACGAGUAGAAAAUGGAACAGUGCCUAUAAAUAUUAUACAAUUCAAUCAUUCAUUUGGUUACGAGUGUCAGAGAUAUUUUAACAUGUGUGUACCUGAUCCAGACACAAUAAUAUUUUCAUCAGGAAGUUAUAUUAAUUUUUUUAAUACUCAAACACAAGAAAUUAGCUUUUUACGAGGAUCAACUGGUCGUGGAAUAGGCCAUAUUACUAAAAAUCCAGUAAAGCCACAUAUAGCUGUUGGUGAAAAUGGUACAUGGCCACCGAUAAUAAUUUACGAAUGGCCAAGUAUGAACAUUGUAACUGUUCUUCAACAAGGAACAUCAAAAUCUUACACUCACUUGGCAUAUAAUCCUGAUGGUAGUCUCCUCGUUUCACAAGGUGGUGAACCAGAUUAUUCAAUAACAAUUUGGGACUGGAAACAAUCAAAAAUAAUGCUCAGAUGUAAAUCACAUAGUCAAGAUGUUUUUAAUGCAAUAUUUUCACCAACAGUACCAGAUCACUUGACAACAAGUGGUUCUGGACAUGUUAAAUUUUGGAAAAUAUCAAAAACAUUUACUGGAUUAAAAUUAAAAGGUGAAAUUGGAAGAUUUGGUGGUACUGAAAUAUCAGAUGUCAUUGGUGUUUAUUCAAUGAAUGAUGAAAAAGUUAUAACUGGUUGUGAAUGGGGUAAUAUAUUAAUAUGGGAAGAAGGACUUAUUAAAAUUGAAGUUAGAAGAAAAAAUAAAAUAUCAUGUCAUAACAAUAUGAUAACACAAUUUGAAUUUAUUAAUGGUGAACUAAUGUCAAUUGGAAUGGAUGGAUGGAUUAGAGUUUGGUAUUAUGAAACAAUUGAUCAAGCAGAUCCACCAGAAGAUGAACGUUUUAUUGAAAUAGAGCCAAUAUAUGAAUUUCAAAUUUGUAAAAAUCGAGGUCAAAUAAAUGAGGAAAAAUCAAUGUUAAUGGGAAUAACAAGAGUUAAUCCAGAUAAUUUAAAAGAUACAUUUUGGUAUGCACAAGAUUCAAAUGGUGGAUUAUGGUUGAUUGAUCUUAACACACUUGGAUCACCACGAUUGCCAAAAAAAUUAUUUACUUGUCAUUCAGGAGCAAUAGUUGAUAUGUCUGUGUGUACUUGGAAUUAUUAUGUUGCAACAUGUGGAAAAGAUGGACGUCUUCAUGUUUAUAAUUAUUUAACUAAUAAAUUAAUAAUUGUUUAUACAUUUUGUGACAGUGGAAGUCAAGUUGUUUGGCUUCCUUGUUCAAUUGAAUCAUCUGGAAGAACAAUUAUAUGUGCUUUUGAGAGUGGAAUUAUUCGUGUUGUUACAGUUGAUGUUGAUGGAGCUGAUGUUGCUCGAGCUAAUGAUCCAGAAGAGAAUAAUUUUGUUAAACUUGUUCAAGUUGUCAAGCCACAUACUGCUGGAAUCACUGUCAUGUCACUCAAUAAAUUAGAAAAUAUUUUAGUUACUGGUAGUCAAGACUCGACAAUAUUUAUUUUUCAAAUAAAAAUAUCUGAUGAAUUUCCUGAGUUAAUUCCAAUUGGAUUCAUCAAAUUACCUUCAGGAAUUUCUUGUAUUACUUGGCAUCCAAAAAAAACACUUGUUGUUUUUGUUGGCUGUUUAAAAGGUGAAUGUUCUGAGAUUGAAUUACCAAAUAAACCACAAAAUUAUACAACAAUUAGCUACGAAUUAAAAAUACCUCAAAAAUUAUUUAAAUUUAUUUCUGUAAAAUCUGAAAUAAGAUGUGAAAUAAUUCGUCUUGAAAUUGAAAAACGUAAAAAUGAAAAAAAAGAUCAAAUGAGAUUAAAAAUGGAACAAUAUAAAGCUGCAAAUCCUGGAGUUCAAAUUGACGAAGAUACAUUUUUAAUGGACAACGAAGAGUAUCCUCCAUUACCAGAAAUUUAUAUACCUGAAAUUCCAAAUCCAGUGUUGAUGAUUAAUUACAUUGAUGAAAAUAAAAUUUGGCUUUGGAUGGGAGGUUUUGAUGCAGGAUAUAUUUAUGAAUAUAACACUCCAGAAAGUGAAAUUUUAAUUGAAGAAAAACCUCUUAAAAGUGUCGUAAUUUUUGAUGCUGAUGAUACAGAAAUUUACAGUCAACUCAUUCAAAAUGAAGAAUAUCUUUAUCUGGGAAUGCAAAAUGGAGAAAUUAGAAUAUGUCGAAUUAAUAAGAAUGAACCAACUGAUUUAUCAGACUAUCUUGUUCUUCCAAUGCACGAUAAUUCAAAUGGAAAAAUAUCAAAAAUAUUACUGAGCCAUGAUGAAACAAUGCUGUUAACUUGUGGAUGGGAUGGAAAUUUAUUUUCCUACAAAAUAAAUGAAAAUUCAUACAUUAAAAAAAAUGGAGAAGAACCAAAAGCAUCUAAAAAAAUUAUUAAAAAGAGUAUCAGUGAUAUCAAUGAUAAAAACUAUCCAAGUGUUGAGGAGGUACUGAAUAAAGCUGAACAUGAUAGACUACUAGAUCUUGCUAAUAAAAAAAAAAAUAUAACAUUAGAAAUAUUGAAAACAUUAUCAGAAGAAUUUCGUGAUAUUUUUACGAGAAAUGAAAAUUUAAUAAAAUCACAACAAUUAACACCAGAUGAUUUUAAUCUUGAUCCAAGAAUUACUGAAGAUCUUGAUAAACAAUUAAAAGCAGAAAUUGAUUUGGUACAUGAAAAAAUGUCAUUUACAGUUGAAAAAAGUCGUCUUGGUUUGAAAAAAUUAAUGGAUCAUUUUAUAAAUCCAAUAACUUGUUUUCCAUUUGCAGUUUGUCGAAUUUCUAAACCAGAUACAAAAGUUUAUUCAUUAAAAGAAAGAAUUCUUGGUGAUGAUUUUACAAAAAAGUACAAUGAAGUUGUUAAAAAAAUUGAAGAAAAUAAAAAAACAAUUAGAUCAUUGGAAGUGACAUCUCAAGUGAAGCUAGAUGAUGAAGAAGAAAUAUCUGAAGUUUCAGAAAUUGAAAGUUUUUUAAAAGAUCUAAGUCCUGAUACAAUUGAGCAUAAACUUGGUGUUCGAAUAAAUCAAAUGCUGAGAAAAUACAGAGAAAGAAAAUUGAGAAUCGAAAAACGAGCUAAAGAAUGGAAAAUAUUAGAAGCAAGUAAACCUGAUCCAAACGAAGAUCAUCCUGAGGAUAUAAGUGUAAUUGAAGAGGCAAAAAAAACAAUUGGAGAUUAUAAAUUAAAAAUAUCAACAGAUGUUAAUUUAAAUCAGGACAAUUGUGAAACAUCAUGGACCAAAUACAAACAACUCUUGGAUUGUAGAAAAAGAACUCAUUACAAACGAGAGAAUUUUAACGAUCGAUUAAAAUCAAUUAGAUCAAAAAAAUUAACAACACAAGCAGAAGUUAAAAAUUUAAUUGAAAAAUUGAAGCUGAUUCAUUUAGAAAUUCCUGAUAAAUAUAUAAAACCACUUCCAGAAAUUCCACAAAUUGAUAUUGAGCUAGAAUUUCCAGAGCAUAAUUUAGAGUUGAGAGAUUAUGAUGAAGAGUUAGAAACAAGUGAUACAAAAACAACAAAAGAUUUAAUAAUUGAAGAAAUUAUUGAUCCAAUUGAUGAAGAAUACGAGGUACUUUUGUUAGAUGAAACUCGACUAAGAUUAAUUGAAAAUGAAAUAAAUUUAUCACCAUCAAACUCUGAUGAAAAUGUUAAAAAAAGACUAAUAAUACCAGAUAAUUUAAUAAAAUGUUUGAAUGAUAAUGAUCAAGUUGAAACAUCAUGGGAACGUGAAAUGAAACUUUCACGUAUUUCUAAAAAAGUUUAUGAACAAGAUUGUAUUUUGAGUCAUAUAAAAAAAUGUUUUGAUGAAAUUGAUGAAGAGUUGGAUGAUUUAGAAAAAGAAAGAUUAAUUAUAAAUGCUGAUAGUAUUUAUUCAGAAUUAUUUCAAUUAACAUUGAAUCAAGAAUUAAUUGUCCUGAGGGAUUUUGAAGAAAAAGAAAAUUAUUUAAGAUGUCAGCUUGAAGACCAAGUAAAAGAGCGUAUUUCCAUUCAAAAUAAAGUAAAGUAUUUGUCGAGUAUGAUUGACCAAAAGAACCGUGAAAUAUCAAAGCUACAUGUAAAUAUUCGAGAGUUAAAUCAUAAAUUUUCAUUGAUGAUUAAUGAAAAUGAAUUUAAUGAAUUUUUUAAAAAAAUAUACAAGAAAAAUAGUACAACAGAUUCUUUGUUAUCUGAGUCAAAUAAUAGUGAAGAAAAUAAUCAAGAUGAUGAUGAUGAUGAUGGUGAUGAUGAUAAAGACAAUGAAGACAUGAAUUAUUUGUCUAAAAAAUAUUUUCCAGCUGGAUGUGAUCAGGAGCUUUAUGAUGCUGCACUUACUAUGAGAGCUGAGCGACAUAAAUUGGAAGAUAUUACUCAGGAUGAAGAAAAAAAUAUAGAAAUAUUUAAAAAAGAACUUGAUGAGGAAUUAAAAAAUCUAAAUUCAAUUGAUAAUUUUCAUAAACAAACAGAACAAGAACUCAAAGAAUAUUUGAAAUUAAAUGACAUUGAUAUGACAGUUAUUUUAAAAUUUCAUCAACUUCAACAUAUGAAUGGUGAUGAUUUUGAAAAAAUAAGUGAUUGUGUUGUAUUUGAUAAAACAAAAUUGUCAAAACUUUAUACGAGAGUUGGUGAGCUGCAACAAGAGACUGAAGAACAAAAAAUAAAACACAAAAAAAAUAAAACACAUUUACACAGAAUGGAAAUUGAUUGUCGUUACAUGGACGAUGAGAUAAAAAAUUUAAAAAGUGAAAUUAAAAAUGAAAUGAUUAAAAAAUUUGGUAGAGAAAUAUCAUUGAGUUCACUUUAUGAAGCUGUUUUACGAAAAAUGGUCAAUGAUAUCAAAGCAGACAUCAAAGAAAUGUCGAAACAUUACGAUCAAGAAAUAAAAUGUGUUAAAAAAAAUUAUCAAGAACAAGUUAAAGUUUUAGAGUCAUUAAUUCAAGAUAAUACUGAAAAAUUAAGUUUUCUGACAGCUCAAGAAAUGUACGAAAUGUUUUCGAGUAUGUCAAUAACUAAAAACAUAUCUGAAUUACGUGGAGACAUUGAGUCAAGUAUAAAUGAUUUUUUCGAAAAAGAUGAAGCUGCAGUUUUACCAAAAAAUAUACGUAGUAUGAUACUCGAUAAUUUCAAUGAAAUUGUCAACAGAGAAGAAAAAGAGUCAAAAGGAAUUGAUGCAGACUCUAUUCAAAUAACCUGGGAUUUAAAGCCAAAAAUUGAUGAAUUAUUGGACAGUAUGUCCAUCAAACGUGACGUUAAUAUAAGCAUUAAUUUAAUGAAAUAUUUAACAAGUGAAAAUGGACUAGAAAUUGCUGUUAAUUAUCUUCUAUCAAAGCUAUCAAAAAAUAUUGAUCAAGAAGCUACAAUUGCUUUUCGUGAUUAUACAAUUAAAACAUUAAAAGAA